UAGAUUCCAAAGUGGGCCCAACCCCAGCAUUUCCUGCCGAAACAAAUAAAUAUCCUCAACUUUCCCCUUUCAAUUUUAACAUAUUUCCUCCUCUGCCACCGACUCAACAACUCGACCAACCUUCAAACAGGCAGGAGAUUUGAUUCAUUUAAACACACAAAAACAACGGCAGAGCCCAUGGAGAUUUCUUCUUUAUCGCAAUCUCUCAAUCUUUGCAGCCGAAUAAAUGAGAUCUCGGAGAUUCAUAGUAGCAAUAAAAAUGAGGUUGAGAGUGAAGCUCUCUCUUCGGAUUCCAAGAAGUUGCUCAAAGAUUGCACUUCUCAUUUCGAGAGUAAAGUGAAGCAAAUUGUUGAAGAGUAUUCUGACUUGGGUUUCUUAGGAAUUGAAGAUUUAAAUAAAUACUUAGCACACUUGAAAGAGGCGCUUAAUCAAGUAGAGGCUGAAAGUACCCAGAUUUCUAAGGAAAUUGAGGAUCUUUCAAGAAAUCAUAUUGAAGAAACAAAUAUACUGGAAGGCAAUCUUGACGGCUUGAAGUGUGCAUUGGAUUCUAUUGCAUCUCAGGGUCUGGAGACAGUAGAAGAGGACCCCUGCUAUAAAAAUCAAUUGAAUUUGGUGGAUGCAAAUGAAGAGAAAAAGUUUGAGAUUAGAUACCCUAGACCAGAUUGAAGAUGCAUUGACUGGUUUGAAAGUCAUUGGGUUUGAUGGAAACUGCAUUAGGUUGUCAUUACAGAUUUAUAUUCCAAAAGUAGAGGUUGAAUUGUUCCAAAAGAUGAUUGAAGAUAUUGCUGAGCCAUCUGAAAUGAAUUAUGAAUUGCUAGUAGAGAUUAUGGAUGGAACCACGGAGGUUAAGAACGUUGAGAUGUUCGCAAAUGAUGUUUACAUAGGUGAUAUAAUUGAUGCGGCAAAGUCUUUAAUGUUUGGUUUUUCAGUUUUUCUGACUUCAAGGUUGAAUCCCAAUUUAUCAUGUGUAUUUUUGCAUAUGUGUAUAUGUAUAGUAGCAUAAGGCCUUUAAAGGGAAUAUAAUUUGUUAGUUUUUAUAUAGAACAAUAGAUUGAAUCCUAAAUGUGAUUUCUUGCAAAAGAAGAAGUCCUCUGAAGGACUAUCCCCUUUCUUCUUUCAAUUUUUAAUGUCUUAGGCGCUUCCAAACCUAAAAUUACCUGCGUCUCUUUUCUCAACCUUGCUGCUAUCCACCCUAUAUAAAACCUUUCAAUCCUCUUUUAUACAUCAACUUAUCCAUCAUUUAGAGGGUAUUAUCAAAUUAUGGUCCCAUCAUAUUAAUUCAUCUCUCAGAAACCAAAGUUCUUCAUUCAGACUUUCAGUCUAAGUUUUUAUUGAAAGGUAGGUUUUUUUUACUAGAACAGAAACCUGUUUGUCCUUCUUUUGGCUCAUUUGAACCUUUAACUUCCUAUCUUCUUUCUCUUCAUAGCAGAUCCUGUUUUCCCAGGCUGUCACCUUUAAGUAUAAGCUUCAAUUAUCCUUGUUGUUUUUGUGUUAAAAGUACUGUUCAUAGUAUGUAGUUUUUGUCACCUUUUACUGAGAUGUUUGCAGUCAUUGUUCUAUAUACAUUUAUUAUUUAUAUAAACGCACAUUUUUCUUGAAACUUAAUCAACCCACCAUGUAGAGAUGGCUAGUAGCUUAAUUAAACCUGCAGUUGUCAUGAAUAAUUUUUUUUUUAUCCAGUUUAACGAAGGUAGACCUUGAUUGAAUUCCUUAUUUAAGGUAUAUAAUC